GGUAUUGAAUAGGUAGCUGAAUGCUCAGCUGUACGUAUGGUAUAGACGGCAUCGUGAGGAGUUCCGUUGUUUUUCAAAGUCUCACCUCGAACUGCUUUCUAUAAUCCCUCUGUCUUAGAAAGUCACAUCAUACUGCUGUCAGGAGUCCCAUUGUCUUAGAAAAUCACUUCAUACUGCUGUAUAGAAUUACACUGUGUCAGAAAAUCUCCAACAAUGCUGUCAGGAGUCCUGUUGUCUUAGAAAAUCACUUCAUACUGCUGUAUAGAGUUACACUGUGUCAGAAAAUCUCCAACAAUGCUGUCAGGAGUCCUGUUGUCUUAGAAAAUCACUUCAUACUGCUGUAUAGAGUUACACUGUGUCAGAAAAUCUCCAACAAUGCUGUCAGGAGUCCCGUUGUCUUAGAAAAUCACUUCAUACUGCUGUACAGAGUUACACUGUGUCAGAAAAAUCUCCAACAAUGCUGUCAGGAAUCCUGUUGUCUUAAAAAGUCUCACUUCAGACCACUGUCAGGAUAUCCGUUGUGUAGACAAGUCUCCCCACACUGCUGUCAGGAGUUUCGUUGUCUUAGAAAAUAUAAUGUUGGUCUUCCGCUGUAACGUGAAAGGAAUGUCCAGUGAAGAAAUAAGUGAAUUGUGUUUACUUCAUCUUCAUGCCACUUAAUUAUAUUCCACGAGAGCCAUAAGGAGAGUCCAUGUUGUUCUGAUAGUUACUCCUACAAAUGUCCUAAGAUAUCAUUCCUUUAAAAGCUCCGGGAACCAACUAUAGUACAAUAUAAACGUUCAUAAUCCGAAAUAUUCCCAGUUGUCGACCUGUGAUCAUCAAACAUCACACAAGAGUUUAGUGAGUUUGACGAAUGAUUGUCGUGAUUCUGAAGUAAAUAGCUUCAUUUUGGUUCGUUGCAACGUUUAUUCGCCUGAGGUUUAAACGGGGUUUCUUCAGUGAACCCUCAUCUCGAACGUAAAGGAGGGGUUUCAUAAACACGAAGAAAGCAUGGUUUAGGAUGACAAAGUCCAAAUCAGGUUAAAGCUCCGCUUGGGAUAUUAACCGGACCUUGGACAAGUACAAUGCAGCCAUAAUGACAGACCGACAUAAUUACGUGCACUACAACACAGUGCGAGAUUAUCCACAGUCUUUUAAAGCAUCAGAAAAAUCAAAUAACAGUGGUAGCCUCAAAAGACGCCUUAACAUUUUCUCGCGUAAGAAAAACAAAACAAAUAGCAAUGAUGCCACCAUAAGGGACCCUUAUGGAAAUGAGUUUGGUGAUAAAUUUGGUUCACUGUCUGCAGCAUCUACUGCACGAAACUGUGUAGGCAAAUCUCCAACCAGUAAGCCUAGUUAUCCACAUCAAGACGUUAAAUUUGCUUCCGUUAGAAAUGUCAGAUCGAGACCACGUGUUGUGGUCUAUCCUUGGGAGACCUAUGUUAACAUUCAAGACCCAAUUCAUGAGGAUGACUUGGAAGAAAAAGUUCCUCCAACAACCACUGCUUCCAGAGUAGCUCAUUGUAAGUGUGGAUUAGCUGUUCGUAGUAGUACCUGCAGUAGAGGAUCGCGAUUUUCUUGUAGAUGUUGGUCUCCACAUGCUUCCCAAAAUACUUUUCAAGUACCUCAGGUUCUUCCUCGAAGGAAAUCCAUUUUACCAGAAAAAGUCGAUCUUUAUGCUGUAUCCGAGGAGAAUGGAGACAAUGAGCAACACGGGAAUGGUUUACAUUCGCGCCAUGAAAAAGUAAGCGGGUCAAGGAAAUUAAAACAAAAUAACCUGCCGAAACCAUCAUCACAUUCGCCACAUGUUAGUUUCAUCAAAUCUAUUGAUAGAAAGGGUCCUUUCAACUCUGUAGCAUCAAGAAAGUCCAUCUUAGAAUGUGACGUAACUGCUUACGAUCUCAUAAAAGAACAUGUGGAUUCAUCGUCUACUCCUGAGAUUGAUAGCGACGCGGACGAUGACUUAAAUGAUAAUGCAAUUGAAUUAAAAACUAACAAGAAACAUGAUACAGAAAGACGUAGCCGAGAAACUCGAAUGAGUAAAUCUUUUCCGAAUAAUAAAGUUUUGACUUAUCUCUCUUCACAAAGUGGUCACGCCAAUGAUUUCAUCACUUACAAUGAAGAUGUGAUACGUGGUCAAGGACCAGAAGAUUGUAAAACAUUUAGAGUGUCAACAGAAAGUUUUUUACCACCAUCCUCCCCACAGCCAAGUACGAAAAGCAGCUCCAGUUUCGUAGAUUCCAAUUAUAACAGUUGGAGCGAUCGCUGCACUCCUGAGAGCAGUUCUUCUUCUAUUCCAGAUCCAGACUAUGAAGAUGACACACAAUCAAAUGAGCUUUCCUACUUGAGCAAUCGUUUGAAAAACUUCACAGUAUCCUACUUAUCACCAUCAAAACAAAAAUUCCGCGAAAAGCCAGAUGUGGAGAAAAAUACGUUUCAGGAAAACACACAUAUUUUCCCGUCUUCUUCAUUGCCAAAUUUAACGGACAAACAAUUUCCAACUCUUGUUGCUCCACACAAGUCAUUUGACUCGGAACAUACAUAUCCCAACGAACGAUCAACAUCGGAAAGAGAUUUAUUUUAUCAACAUCAGAGCCUGUUCUCUUCUUCUUCAGCCGCUUUAGAAGACAAAAGACUUGUGUCUUCUUUUACAAAACCUAUUGAAAAACAGUGCUCCUCCUUGUUUCUAAAGCAUUCAGGGAAACAGUGUUCUUACUCACUUUCACAACCUGUAGACAAACAACGAUCUUACUCACUUUCACAACCUGUAGACAAACAACGAUCUUCCUCGCAUUCACAACCUGUAGACCAACAACGAUUCUCCUCGUUUGAACAACCUGCAGACAAACAACGAUUCUUUUCGCUUUCACAACUUGUAGACAAAGAAGGUCCUUCCUCUCAUUCGCAACCUGUAGACCAACAACGAUUCUCCUCGUUUGAACAACCUGCAGACAAACAACGAUUCUUCUCGCUUUCACAAUCUGUCGACAAACAACCCCCAUGCUCGUUUGCACAGCCCUUAAGUGAUCAAGGUUCAUAUUCGUUUACAAAACCAACAGAAGAUCAAGGCUUUUCUUUGUUUGCACAAUUUGAAGAAGAACACUGUCCAUUGUUCUUACAAGCUGCAGAUAAAAGACCUAUCUCGUGUUCGCAAGCAGGGGAAAAUCAGCAUCCAUCAAUCACUAGAACUACAGAAAAUCAACCCAAUUCUCCAUUUUUAGAACACGCAGAAAGUAAACGCCCCAGCUCUAAUAACAGUUCCUGGAGAAAUGAAAACCUCGAAACGUUAACGGCCGUGCCUGUCUGUUCUCAUCAGCAGUAUAGUGAGUUUGACGAUAUUGAGACAAGCAUAGAUUCUUCGGACACUAGCUCCCUGAGUCAGAACUCUUCUAAGGAGGUUAAGUCGAUUUUGAAAAGAAAUGGAAAUUCACUUGUUAGUGUAAGCUCUUUUGAUGACUCGUACCUACCAGAAUGUGAAGAAAAUAAGGAGGUAAGAAAGAAGAAACAAGUGAAAUUCAAAGCAGAUGAUAACGAUGUUGUAAUUCUUGAACACAUAUGUCCAAUGUCAGAAUGGGAAAAUGAUGAGGAGGAGGAAGAUACAAAAGAGCCUCGGGUUGUUCAAGUAACACCAGUUACACAAGAAAAUCAGAAUAACUCUCAUAAAAGUAAAUUUAAAAUUGAUGACCACUUUUCUUCUGGAUUUCAGAGCGUGGGUGAAAUCCUCUCCUCCAGUUGUUUGGGGUCAACCGCUGGACAAAGAAUAAAAAACGAAAAGCAUGAUCGCAUGGCAGCCGAACAUUCUGGAAAAUCACUCGUUAAAACCGAUAAAAGGCAGCACACACCAAAAGAAGACAUUUCUUGUAAAGGGAGAAAUAAAACUUCAAUACCUAAUCAUUCGCAAAGGAAUUUUACUGAAGUUAGUGCAGAGAAGUACAAAAGUCCACCGCCAGGAGACGUCACUUAUUCAAAUGCUGCUGCGAGUUCUUGUGACGUCGUAAUGGAUCGUGACAAAUCAAGCUCAAUUUUUCCAAAAAACGGACAUUCUUCCCCCGCCACUAAGAAGCGGGGGAAGGUUACUUCAGAAUCAACUCCUGAGGACGUCUCACCAGAUGUCGCCAGCAUACAGCCACCUUCCAGUCUUAGCAUCGUUGAAAGUACCAAGCCUCUCGUCAUCAAUAAUAAAAUAAUUUCUGAGUCUGUAGAUGAAGCGUACCCAAAUUGGUCUUUGAAAAUUAAUAGGGAAGAAGACGAUCACUGUAAGAGUUUGAAGACUGGUAACGAGAAUAAAAAGACAUUUUCUGUAUCAGUAAAAACACCUUCUGUUUGUAAUUCGACAAAAAGCGAGGAAUCUCAGGAAAAAACUUUAGAAAAAGAAAUUUCUAAAUAUUUCGAUGACAAAGAAGUUUCCUUUCCCAAAGUUAAAUGUCCUUCAGUCACUUCAAUAAUAAUAAAAUCAUCUCCACCAAACAAUAAGUUUGAAUCCUCGAGCGUAAUAAACGACAGUGUGUCCUCUUUCAAUUGUUACGAGUCUAUUCCAAACCCUACAGCGAAGCCAGAGAUUCCAAAUUUCAUUCUUGGAGGUUCUCCAAUGUCCACUGAUGAUUCCAAGGUUUCCAAUUCCACCAGUUCCGCGUUUUACGUUUCUGUUAACUCGAACCAAGACACUAUCCACAGAAAAAGGCUUGUCUCAUCAGAAACUGAAUUGGCCACAAAGAAGUCAAUAAAUAUUGUAGAAGACCAAGACGAAGAAGAAGAAGAAUGUUCUAAUUCUUCUUUCAAAAUAUCACCGUAUUAUGGUGCAGUUACUGUAAAAAUAUCUAAUAGUGGAUUGUAUAGUGACGACACGAGUACGAUGGAUGAUGGUAUACACCGAACUUUUACUGAGUUUGCUGAAGAGGAACCAGUGUAUGAAGAGAUUGAUAAUUAUGACGAGCCUCUUCCUAGUUUACAUGCUUUCGAACCGUCAAAAAAAUCGUUCUUUGAAGGAGCUUCCAAAGCAGACAUCUUGCAUUAUCUAGAAGACGCUAAAGAACGAGGGUUCGAGCAGAUGAUGGAAGAAGAUAUUGACAUUUUAGUUGAAGAAGAAGAAGAGAAUGACGAAGAAGAAGGAAUCAAUCAAUCAAAGCCCCAAGAGAGGAACCACAGGGUCAGAAUCAGCAACGCAAGCAGCUCCAGCCAAUCGAGCAGUGGAAGUGUCGACAGUAGUUCACCUGGAAACAAAGACGUCAGUAAGCUUGGACGGCCAGCAUCUGCUGAAAUAGAAAGAACUGACAGUGGCGUCGGUGCAGAAACCAGUAAACCCAGCAAGCUACGCCGCUUGGUAGCGAUAGAAAACGAGGAGCAACAGUGUGCUGAUUGUGACCAACAGGUGGAGCCACGAGAGGAUGAAUUUUCUGGAACGAUGUUUAAUCCUUUAGUGUGUCGAAAAUGUGAAAAAAAACAAUAUGAACGUAAAGAGUUAAUAUCUGAGAUUGUUGUAACCGAGCUUAAGUAUGGAAGAGAUCUUCGAAUAAUCAAAGAGGAAUUUUACAGGCCAAUGGAAGUUGCCGGAUUGCUAGGAAAAGAACAAUUACGCCAGAUAUUUUUAAAUAUAGAUGAGUUGAUUAGUUUUAACUCCAUAUUUGCUGAAAAAUUAAAGGAUGCCAUUGACAUCGCCAGAGAACAGGGUGAUGAGGACUACACAACGGUCAACAUUGGAAAGUUAUUCCUGGACUCCACUGCCAUGCUUCACGCUUUUGAAACUUACUGUGUUCAACAGGGCCCAUCAUCAAUGCUACUUCACAACCUGGAGAAGGAGAAGGAGCUCCUACGCAUCUUCUUGAGAGUCUCUCAAAUGGAAAACAUUAUUUUGCGUCGAAUGAAUCUGUCGUCUUUUUUAAUGGUUCCUGUUCAGAGGGUUACUAAGUACCCCUUGCUUCUAACCCGACUGUAUAAAGUCACGCCGUUUCAUCAUGGAGACCGUGAAACGAUAAAGGAAGCGAAGCAGAAGGUGGAACUACACUUGGAGCACAUAAACGAACAAACCAAAGGAGUAGGCGAAACCAAAAUUUGGAGGAGAAUAUCGAACAUCUCGAGCUCAAACCGUCGACUAUCGAACGGAGACGACAUCGGCAAUAUAAAACUACGAAAGAUGGCGCUAGAAGUACUCCAGUGGAAUCGUGACGAGGUUCGUUUUGUAAUGGCCGGCAAACUGCAUUUCUACCCAAUGGCAGACAUGCCAUGGAACAAGAAAGGAAAGCCACAGAAGUUUACCACAGUUCAUGCAUUGCUUGUUACAUUAGGAAAGCCUAAUUCUAAUUACAAACCUGACUUGGCCAACGAAAACUCUAUCCUGUUUCCUAGAAACACGGGAAUCAAGGAUGCUACGCUACUUCUAUUGAAAGAAAAGAACGGUCGAUUUAUGCUAGUCAAAGAUCCCAUGCACCUUGGGAACUGUGUCAUUAGCACUGAUCCAGAAAGCUGUGAAAUAAUCGAAGUCCAAGAUUAUACGACAAAGGAAGCUUAUUUUUUUAAGGCUGAUACAUUAAAGGAGUCCAAUGAUUGGUUGAGACAGCUGAGAUACCAUGCUAAGGAUCUUGGAACGUGGCGAAAAAGACGAAAUGCUCUCGCUAAUAUUAUGAUAAAUGGUAUGGUACGUUAAUAAUAACCUAUCUUUAAAGAACUUUAUAAAAGAGACAAUCUGAGAACGGCGAGUUUUCAACUACUACGCUUGAAUGAAUGAAAAAGUUCCAGUCUCGUUUUCCUAAUUCUGGUGAUAUAGCGUGAGAAAGAUGUGAUUUGAACGAAAAAACAUUAAUGUGAAGAGAAAUAUUUGUUUAUUUGACAAAAAUUGCGAAAAUAUCACAUUAACUUAAACUUACCUUGCCAGAGGUGCAAGCGGUAAGUUUUGGCUGCUGGUAGGCCUAAUGGACGAGCGCACGAAUACUUACACAGUUUGAGGAUAAUUUAUACCUUUUGCUGACUGGAGCCCUAUUUCUGCAAGAAAAAAACAACUAAAAUGUUCAACUGGAAACAAUAUCCAUAGUUUCUUUUUCUUUUUAGAUUAUUCAAAAGUAUGCUUCACGAAUUUACUUAUACUUCCAACAACGUCUUAGAAUUAUAUGAUUUUGGGAUUUUUUAAUACUUCAGUUGACUUUGAAGAUGUCUAAUCAAAUAAAAGUUUCAAGCUCUGGAUUGCUUUAUAUUAAUACUUUUGCAAUAGAGAAUGUUAUAUAGUUGUAUAUUUCAUAUUUCUCACUGUCGGUUGUUUACCUAUUGUGUUCACAUUCCAAUGUGUUAAAAAAUGAUGUGAAAUUUGUACAGCCUGACAGAAGAAAAAAAGUGAAUUAUGUAGUAUAUACCUAGUCUUGUGUUGCAGAAUUAAAAUAACUUUAUAAAAAUGUUGUACUAAACCUAAUGUAAGAAAAUGUUUAAUAAAGCUAAU